UUGCAACAAAAAAUGUUUCGUUCAAUCUUCGUAAUUCUUCUCAUCACAAUUCUUGCUGUAAAUUGUGCAGUUCUUCGAACUCGUCGACAAGUUAUUCAAAAUGUUAUAAAUGAUAGAUUUUACGGUGGACCUACAAAUCUUGGAUGGGCUCAAGUUCCACAUAUCGCCAGUCCAAUGUAUUCACCAGUUUUCAUUGCUAGACAAUAA